UGCAAAAAUGUCAGACUUUGAGGAUUUCAAUUGGCCCGGAGGGCAGACCAACGUAUCUGAAGUCUACCAGCUGAACCCCACCAGCGUCAUCGUCUCGGUGGUCUUCUCCCUCAUAUUCCUGCUCGGCACUGUGGGUAACAGCCUGGUGCUGGCCGUGCUGCUGCGCAGCGGCCAGGUGGGCUACAACACCACCAACCUCUUCAUACUCAACCUGAGCGUGGCCGACUUCUUCUUCAUCAUCUUCUGCGUCCCGUUCCAAGCCACCAUCUACUCCCUGGAGGGCUGGGUCUUCGGCUCCUUCAUGUGCAAAGUGGUGCACUUCUUCAUCAACCUCACCAUGUACGCCAGCAGCUUCACGCUGGCCGCCGUGUCUGUCGACAGGUACCUGGCCAUCCGCUACCCGCUGCGCUCCAGGGAGCUCAGGACCCCGUGCAACGCCGUGGUUGCCAUGGUGAUCAUCUGGGGUCUCUCCCUGGUCUUUGCCGGCCCGUACCUCAGCUACUACGACCUGGUGGAGUUCUCCAACAGCACGGUGUGCAUCCCCGGCUGGGAGGGGCAGAACCGCAAGGUGCUGGACACGUGCACCUUCCUGUUCGGCUACGUCAUCCCCGUCCUGAUCGUGAGCCUCUCCUACACCCGCACCAUCAAGUACCUGUGGACGGCCGUCGACCCCCUGGACGGCAUGUCGGAGUCCAAGCGGGCCAAGCGCAAGGUGACCAAGAUGAUCAUCAUCGUCACGGUGCUGUUCUGCAUCUGCUGGCUGCCGUACCACGUGGUCAUCCUGUGCUUCCUGUACGGCGACUUCCCCUUCAACCAGACCACGUUCGCCUUCAGGCUCCUGUCGCACUGCAUGGCCUACGCCAACUCCUGCGUCAACCCCAUCGUCUACGCCCUGGUGUCCAAGCACUUCCGCAAGGGCUUCAAGAAGGUGUUCAGCUGCAUCCUCAGCAAGAACGGGAGGAACAAGGUGCACGUGGUGCACGUGGCCAACACGGUGCCGGGCUUCGAGGCCGCCUCCACCGAGGUGUCGCAGAUGCAUGAGGAGCACGUGAGACAGAACGAGUGCGAGAUGAUCAACAGGCCCGUAGCCGAGCCCAGGGAAGCCACGGUGACCCUGAAUCUGCCCUUUCAGCCGCCGAGCUGACGAGUGAUCCCGCUC